UUUUAUCGUGGGAGAGCAUGAAUAGGUAUUGGUGUUAGUGUGGCGCGCGGAGUCAGAAGUCAGUUUGUAGUGUGAGGGAGUUCGUUCUGUGAGUUCUGAAUGAAAUUAUGUUAAAUCAGCUAUUAUAAUUUUUAAUCCGUGAAGGACGAACUGUUAUUUCGCUGUCAUCAUGAACGGAAAGGUACAUAGCACAGAGGAAUUGCUAGUUCCUCCGGAUUUGUUAAAUCCUUUCGUCCAUCGUUUGGAAUUGUCAACAACGUAUGACAAAAUAAAAACUGCGAUAUUCACUGUGAUCGUGCUUCCAUUCAGGGUGUUGGCUAUUUUCAUGUUGCUCACGAUGGCGUGGAUUCUGGCCUGCGUUGGGCUCGUGGGCCUUUCAGAGAAAGAGCUCAGACAACGCCCUAUAACGGGUUGGAGACGUGACACGAAGGCGAUGGUGUGCUGGGCGAUGAGGGCUCUCUUCUUGUUUGGGGGUUUCCACUGGGUCACUGUGCGCGGGAAGCAGGCGUCUGCCAAGGACGCUCCCAUCCUCGCCCUGGCAUCGCAUUCCACUUACUUCGACGCCCUGCCCGUCGUGCUGAUGGGCGGGCCCAGUGUCGUCGCUAAAGGCGAGACCGGUCGCCUGCCGUUCUUCGGAAAGCUGAUCAACUACACGCAGCCUAUUUAUGUGUGGCGAGAGGACCCAAACUCAAGGCAGAACACGAUAAAAGAGAUAAUAGACCGAGCAACUUCCGACCAGGAUUGGCCUCAGGUUUUAAUAUUUCCUGAGGGUACGUGCACGAAUCGUUCAUGCCUCAUCACAUUCAAGCCAGGAGCAUUCUACCCAGGUGUACCAAUCCAGCCUGUCUGCAUUCGCUACCCUAACAAACUAGACACAGUGACAUGGACAUGGGAAGGUCCUGGCGCGCUGAAGCUGUUAUGGCUGACCCUAACCCAGGUCCACAGCAGCUGUGAGAUUCAGUUCCUGCCAGUCUACACGCCUAAUGAGGAUGAGAAACAAGAUCCCAAGUUAUACGCCAACAACGUGAGGCGUCUCAUGGCAAAACAUCUCGGAAUACCCGUUUCUGAUUACACGUAUGAUGACUGUCGCUUAAUGACAAAGGCGAAAAGAAUGAAUUUACCAUUUGCAUCUGAACUUGUAGAAGUACAAAAGUUGAGACAAAAAUUAGGUCUGUCGCAAGCAAAUAUUGAAGAAAAAAUACUCACGCAAUCGCCCCAUAUUAUCACAAAUGAAGGCGGGCAAAUCUCUUACAAGGAAUUUGCGAGACGAUUGGAAGUUCCUUCUACAAAUGAAGUUCUUCAACAGCUAUUCAGACUUUAUGACAAGGACUGUGCAGGUAUUAUUGACUUCCGGGAAUAUCUACUUGGAGUUCUUGUAAUAUCAAAAGCUAGUAAUGUAGCGGAAAUGGUGGAAUUAGCAUUUAAGAUCUUUGAUCGUGGAGGUAAGGGAAAUGUGUCUCAGUCAGAUGCGUGCAAAGCACUUUACCACACACUAGCAAUGCCAUCAGAGGAGGCACAGCGUGUGUUCCGACAGAUCGAUACAGCAGGGAGAGGUUGCAUUACGUUUGAUGGAUUUAGAGAGUACGCAAGAAGGAAAUCGGACUAUUCACAUGUAUUUCGGAGACAAGAGGAGGAGGAAGAGAAGAAAGCAGCCACUAAACUCCAAGUUUAUGAUUUUCAUAAUGCAAAUUAUAAAACAAAGGCUGAGUGAAGUGGUAUCACCAAUCUUUCUGGCUUAACUUAUUAAUUCGGAUGUAACUGAUAUGGAUGAUACAUAUAGUUUCAGUGUAUUUUUACUAGAACAAAAUAUCUGGACUGAUAAUUGUAUUCAGAGCUUAAUUUUUCCAGACUGUAGAGGUGUUACAUAUUAAGCUCUGACCUCAGCAAAAUUAAAGUACAGAUUUUUUGACGGAAAACAACAAAAACAUUCUAUAUAUCGGCAUGUCGCGCGUCUGAAAUAUAGCCUUGUAUGGUAAUAACAAUUUAAAGAAACAGAUUUGGCUAAAGACGUACGAUAAUUAACUCCCCACUGAUGGUGAAAAUGUUAUGGUAACUUAAACUUCAUGAACAAUUUUAUGUACUGCAUAUUAAUUUAAUGGUGCUGCAAUAAAAUGUAGACCAAAUCAAACAGAAAUACUUGUACUGUAUUUUCUGUUUCAUUUUUCCAAAGUAAUCUCUGGCCCUGAUUUUUCAGUUUGCAAAACCAGAUUUCAUUAUAUGUAUUAAGAAUUAAUAGUUUUUGAUGAAUAUUACUGCCAAUGUUUUUGCAAUUUUGAAACAAGAAACGUAAAAUAGAUCACAGUGCCAAAGUGAGAAGCAUGGGAACCACAGAAGUAACGAAUGAACUUAUUUCUCUCUCUUCCCAUUUAUCUCUUAUUUUUUGUCUACUUUGCGAUAAUCAUUACAGAAAUUUCAGUCAAGAGAGAGCUUAUACAAAAAACUCAGAACUACAAUUUCCAAAAUGGUUUACUAGCAGAAUGCUUUUGAAAAUUCUGAUAUAUAUAUAUAGCCCUUUUAUACAUUCCAAUUUCUAAAUAAGUUUUAUUUUUACAAACUAACAAUAUAUCCAUGCCCUGCUUCUAGCUGAUACAACUAUUAUAGGUUAUGUCAAAAUAUUUUGAUGAAAUGGAACCCAUGCUUUCAUUAAUAAUGAGACAACUAGCAACGUAAAAUUUCUAGAAACAGCAAACUAAUUGAUUUGUACUGACUAGUUGCAUUCCUGAUUUUGCACUGUACCAAAACAAGUGAAGAAUAAAGUUUGUGAAGUGUCAUUUAUACAGAAUGUGACUUCAUGGAGUUGCGUGGCGGAAGUCAGGCUGAGUAAUGCCACGUGUGCUCUGGGUGUAAAAUAGCGUCAUCGAAGAGGAAUUUUAAACAGAAAACUAAAGUCUGGCCAGCGGAAGGUAACGUGCCUUGAGACGUCCACUGAUCCAUUGCACCUUGAAGUACAGCGUCUCAUAUUAAAAGAUACUACAGCGAUUCACGUCCUGUCUUGUGUGUCUUCAGAUGAAGAGAUUUUUUUUGUAAUGAAGUAUUUCAAUGCGUUGGUUCACUUGAGAUGUUUUGACUUAGUUUGGUAAAAAUAUAUUACUCGAUAAAGAAGUGUGCAUAAUCAGUGGAGAAACAGUAUGCAUUAUGAUGGUAGUUCAAAUUUAAUCCAGAAUUCUUGCUGCUUCGAGAUUUCUCCAUCAGUUUCAAAACUGAUUUUAAAAAAAUACGUCAUGCCAGGAUCAGACGAGUAAUAUACAUGUCGAGGGCGAUAUUAUGAUAGAAAUGCUCAGCGUGAAAACAGGUAUUAGUCGCAAGCUACGAUCAGAAUUCCGGAUCAUAGAAAAAUUGACACAACUGAGAACACGUGAUAUUAUUAAGUGAUUUAUGCCCAGAUACAGGACAGAAUAAUGACAAUUAUCAAUGUGGAAUAAUUACUUAUUUUUUUAUACUCUUAUGUUUAUGACAAUGCGUGAGACCUGGGAAAUAAGUCAUAGUAAAUAAAUAACUUAUUGCCAUAUUUAUAUUUAAAUGUGUGUGUGUACAGAAUGCGUUUAAUAUCUUAAGGAAAUUUUCAUUUAAAUAUAUUUACCAUAUGACCUAUUCUAUAUUGCAAUUGCAUGUACAUAUUUAAACUAUUUUAGGUAUAAUUUCAUUUAAAUCCAACCAUUUAUUAUAUUAUCGCUGAUUGUUUAUUUGUAUCAAAGAACUUUUUCACUUUUCACAUUCUUAUAAUGUAUCAAUAAGAGUAAUAUGGUAUAUAUGGGAAAGUAGCUUACGUAAGUGAUGUUUGAUUUGUAUUGUAUUUUAUGUUGUAUUAGUGGACUUUUCAUAAAUGUAAUUAAUAACUGAGAAUAAAUUGAAUAAACAUUAAUUUUAAUCCCU